GUUUUUACGAAGCCGACUUUGAAACCGACGCUCGAAGCAGUACGUCACUACCAGCAACUCCCAUCUCUUUCUCCCUCAGUGCAUCUCCGUUAAAGGACACUCUCUUCUAUCUUUCAGUUCUUGGAAUACAUUAUAUACGUGGGCCAACGCCAUGGCCUCUCCAAUGACCGAUCCCGGCCAUGAGGUGCCGCCGAACACCGUCUUCGAGACUGAAUUUGAGCUUGAUCCUAAGGCUGGAAGCACCCUUUCGAAAACGAUUCGUCACCAGGAAAGAGAGGUAAACCGAGUGAAGAUCACGUCUGACCGAAUCCGCAACACAAGCUUCCGCGCCGAGUUGGCCAAAGUGCAAUACGGCACAUACAACUGCCAGCAAGCAGAUGGCACAUACAAGCCUGAGCCGGCAGCGCUGCUGAUUUUCAACUUCCGCUUUCACUUCAGAAGUGAAAAUCGAGACCGAUUCACGUCGGUGAAGAUCGAAGUGGAAUUCAAGGAGACGCUGAACACGAAGCUCGAGAGGCCGCCGGACAGAAAUCCGAAUAACGACCCACAAGUCAGGUUUGUCGCGCCGCACCAGAUUUGUGGAACUCCGACUGAGGUCGACGUCAAGAAGAGCUGGAAAUUCGAGGGCCAGCUGGGGUAUCAGGUUCCUGCCGGUCCUAGCCUCAGUGCCACCCCGUCUGUCCAGACUGAAGCGUCCUUCCAGAGGCACCACCGGAUGUGGAUCAAGGGCGACACGGAUGGUGAUAAUGAUCAUCGUUGGGACAAUAAGGCCGUGUGGGUCAUGCAGGAGAACCGGAUGCAAGGCAGUGGAGUACUUUCCAGCUUCCCAGGAGCAGUUGUCAUCGUCCUACCGAAGUCACCGGAACAUCUUGUCAAGGCCAGGGUGACUGUGGUGCCCCAUCUUGCCUUCUCGCUGAAUCCGCUCAGGUUGAAGCAGAAGCGUGAUGACCCAAUCCUAUUAGAUAGAAAGACGUCGUGGGGUCCCGAAUACGAGCCAGGGAAGGAUUUCAGCGACCCAGACUAUCCUUGGAGUAGCAUCAUCAAGAUACCAACCGAGUACCAGGACAUUCUGCAUACUUAGACAUAGGGAGACAGCCAGCUUAGCAUAAAGCUUAGUCUAACAAAACGAGAGCUUUGGAACAAAAGUUAGGCUUUAAUUAUAUGCU